UGGAGGUUUUUUUGGGGGGGUCGUUGGCAUGGGUACUUGCUUUUGCUUUUGCCCUUUUGCCUUUUGCCCCUCCCUCUGACUACCUUCCAUUCAUGUGCGCGGCGCCGCGACGAGCGUUCGAUCUCGCAGUUCGCGGUCGUGGGUUUUGCGAUAUGUCACAUAUUUGCCUACUUCUUACUUGACUACUAGUUGAGUAGUAUGUGGGUAGUGCGGUUCGGCAUAACCAGCUCCCCCCGUACGUCCUCACGGAUUCCCGAGAGCCCCGGGAGUCUCGAAAAGCGUCCCGACACUAAACGAACAUCCCCGAUAACGAGGCAACUAGGCAACCAAACAACUACUCUGGGUGUGAGACACGAUUGCUGUCGAGGGCUCUCAGACGGGCCAUCGUAUCAUACCGAGCCCGAUCGCGCUCGGACCACAAGCUGUCGCAACGCCCUCAUGCGUAUGAGGGAUUCUGAGACAGAUCGAUUACGGGAUACGGGAUACGGAGUAACUACGGGAGGCGUUGCUGAGGGAGGGAUGGAAGGGAAUGGAAGUGCUUUUUUCCCCUUAACUAUUCUGCUUCUUCUGCUGCUGCUUUGUUUUUUGCGCUUCUGCUUCUUCUUCUUCUUUCCCCGGACUGAUCUUGUGGUUGCACUGCACUGGCAACUGCACUACUCUACACAGCACAUCGAACUGUCCAGUGGCAGUUCGAGCUCGAGCUCGAACGAGCUCCUCCAAGAUUUAAUCGCGCAGGUCACUUUUUCUUUCUUUCUUUCCCCUCUCCCUUUCCCUUUCCUUUUCCUUUUGGCCGUGCAGGUAAGUCGAGUAGGAGGGAACCAACCUGGAGGACGGCGAGACAGCGCGUGGCCCUGGAAGGAAUCGUUUUUGUGCUCCGGCAGACCAGACGGGGGUUUCCUGCGCGUGCUCCUCGAUCUUUUGGUAGGUAUGUUGUAUGUUGUAUGUACCCGGACGGUUGGGAAUCACGGCGCAGGGCCUGAGGGCAGGGCAGGGCUGAGCUGAGCUGGGCCGGCGAUGUCGUUUUUUUCUUUUGCUUUUCUUUUCGUGCCUCUGCACGGCUGCGCCGCUGCACGGGGGAAUGUUCAUCCCCGGCUGGAACUGGAGCAGGUACUAACUAGUAGGUACUAUGUAUACUCCAGGGACGGGGAGUCGGGGACGGGCACGACGCCUCGCGGGGUUUCUUUGCUUCUUCGUUUUUCCGAGACUCUCGAAUAGUCACACGCGAGAUGUAUGUAUAUCAUAUGUAUGUAGUCGCGAGGGAAGGAAGGGUAUGUAAUCGUCGCCGGUGUUUCACUUUCGUGUGGUUGUGGUUGCCGGUCGUUCAACUACCACAAGUAGUACUCUAGUUACUCUGUGAUACUGGUAGCGGAGGGGAG